AUCGACGCAGACUUAAAUAUAUUAAAAACAGAAAUAUAAUUAAAGUUAAUGAGAUUUUAAAAUUCGGUGAAUUAUUAUAAUUAGAAGUCGGCUGGUAGAAAUUUUCUAAUUACCCUAUCAGGGUAGUCGUGUAGCGGUUAGUGCUAGUUGGAGCUCGAUUAUGGCACUCGUACUGAAAAGGAUCCAUCAGGGAUUAUUGAUUUUAGACGAAUUGCAAGACGAACGAACCCAUGGAAACGCGUUCGUGGCGUCGCCACUGUGCCUCAUCGGCGCCAUCGCCUUCUACGUUUACUUCUUCAAGAAACUCGGCCCGAAAUUCAUGGAAAACCGAAAACCGUACAACGUAAAAAAUAUCAUGAUCGCCUACAACGUCCUACAAAUCGCCUUCAACGCUUAUUUAGUCCUAAAGUGCGCUUUGGUUAUGGCUCGAAUGAAAUCCCUGCUUUGCGAGGACAUCGAUUACAGCAGAACACCGGAAUCCAUGAACAUCGUUUACAUAUCGAAAUGCUACAUGUAUUUGAAGCUGUUCGAUAUCGGAGACACGCUGUUUUUCCUGCUGCGCAAAAGCUUCAGGCAGAUCAGUUUCCUGCAUUUGUACCAUCACAGCGGCAUGCUGACGCUGGUUUGGAUCGGAUUCAGGCAUUAUGGUGGAGGAGGUAGCGGCCAAUGGAUAGUUUUGCUGAAUUGCGCCGUUCACGUUGUAAUGUUCACCUACUAUCUCUUGACAUCCAUCGAUAGCAGCUGGAAGAACAGCUUUAGGUUCAAAAGGAGUCUUACUCAAAUGCAAUUGGUGCAGUUUGUUUGCUUCAUUCUGAUAUUUGGGAAUAUCGCGGUGUAUCCGACUUGCAAUGUGAACAGGUUCCUGGCGCUGGUAUUUGCCUGUCAGAACGUGUUUAUGUUGUUCCUGUUCGGCGAAUUUUACUACACAGCCUACGUUAAACCUAGGAAAAUUGAUACACACUCUCGCAAAACUCAGUGAGUUAGAGUGGCCUUUUCAAGCUUGAUGUGCCUUGAAGAAGUCCCAAUUAUUUUUGAAUAUAAUACAUGAUAAGCUUUUAUUUCCCUUAAGGACAAAAAUGUUUUUCUCUGUAAAAGAGUUUAUUUUAAUUAUACUAUUUAUAACAAUUCCAGUUAAAACAAUUACCUGUAAAGGAGAAACAACAUUUGUCCUCACUUAUGGAUAAAAUGGGACUGACAAAUUAUGUGACAGU